AUGAUGUUCCCAAGCCUCUUAGCUCCCCCUGCGGUGUACCCCAAUCUACUGAGACCCACCCCGACUCUGACGCUGCCACAGUCUAUCCAGACUGCCCUGUCCAACCACACCAGCUUUUUAAUAGAAGACUUGAUCAGGAUCAGCCGACCAGCAGGAUUCCUGCCCAGGGCUGUCCCACCUCCCAGCAUGUCCCCUCCAACCUCUGAAAGUCCCAACUGCAUGAGCGAGACAUCAGACUUGGCAAGAAGAGAGGGUCCAAACCAGACUUCCAUUUCUUCCAACAACAGUUCCCCUUUUCUGAAGUUUGGAGUCAAUGCAAUCCUCUCCUCCAGCCCUAGGACAGAGUCGGCACAAGUCUUGCUCCCCAGCGCCCAUCCAAAGCCCUUCACCUUCCCUUACUUUGAAGGAUCCUUCCAGCCUUUCAUUAGAUCUUCCUAUUUCCCAGCUUCCUCUUCGGUGGUGCCCAUCCCCGGCACAUUCUCCUGGCCCCUGGUCGCUCGAGGGAAGCCCCGCCGGGGCAUGUUGCGCAGAGCCGUGUUCUCAGAUGUCCAACGCAAAGCUCUAGAGAAGAUGUUCCAGAAGCAGAAAUAUAUCAGCAAACCGGACAGAAAGAAACUGGCUGGGAAGCUGGGGCUCAAAGACUCUCAGGUAAAAAUUUGGUUCCAGAAUCGGCGAAUGAAGUGGCGAAACUCCAAGGAACGGGAAUUGCUGUCCUCCGGAGGGUGCAGGGAGCAGACACUACCCACCAAAUUUAACCCCCACCCAGACCUCAGUGACGUGAGCAAGAAAUCCUCGGGGGAGGGAGAGGAGGAGCCAUUGUGCCCAGGAAACAGCCCCGCCCACGCCUUGCCUUAUCAAUGCCCAGAGCACCAUUUAAGACUUGAUACCCAGCUUCCUUCCUCCCCUUUUAACUCCAGCAGUGCCAGUAAACCCUCAGACUUCUCAGACUCAGAGGAAGAGGGAGGGGAACAGGAAGAAGAGAUCACAGUCUCCUAA